AUGCUUCACCUCAGCUCCACUCUCUGUGAGUAUACUAAUGACCACAGGAAAAGAGAUUUUAUUCAGAUUUUUCUCUAAAGGAGACAAGCAUCCAUUUACCUCUCCGAAAGUUUUGUGGAUUUAAGUUGACUCAUUUCGGUAUCAGUAAAAGUUACAUGUUUUAUGUCUGACUUGCAAUUCAACUGUGCUGUUUUUUUUCAGUGUCAGCAACAGCCUGUCCUCUUGUGAGUGCAGGUAAUAAUAAAUCAUAAAAUAAUUAUAAAUAUUAACAUAAAAUACCAUUAUAAAUAUACAUCUUAAAUAAAUAUGAAGAUGCAGAAACACAUUCUCACUUCUGUGCUUUUGUGUUUAGCAAAUGCUUUUCCAGGUUCCCCCAUAUACACAGUUACUACCUGUGAGGGCAACAAUAUCCACCGCCUGAGCUGUGGUAUGACUUGAUUUCCAAAAUGUAUCAAUUAGAAAUCAACAAAAGUGUCUCCAUAUAUAUAUAUAUAUAUGAAGAGAGAGAGAGAGAGAGAGAGAAAGAGAGUUUAAAGAAAAUGAAUAGUUCCACACAAGAAUAACGUUUUUUCUUUUAAUUUCUUCCUCUCUGCUGUGUUACAGAUUCUGGAGUGAUUAGUAUUCAGACAACACUUUAUGGACGUGCAGACACUGUGACCUGCAGUGAGGGAAAAUCUCCACAACAGAUUGCUAACACCAAAUGUUUGCUGUCAGAUGGGAGGGAUGUCCUCAAGAGACGGUACACACUGAGAGUUUAUGGCUUACGUACUUGAGGACAAAGAUGAGUCAGAGACCGGCUCUGCUACAUGGAGCAACAUAAGUUCUAUGUUUUACAUGACUAGACUACCAUUACGUAUAAUUAAGUUUCAGUUUUCUCUCUAAUUCUAAAAAUCAGAUUUUAACCAAAGUUCAUAAUUAAACAACAAAUCAGAGCUGACCUUUGUGAAAAAAACAAAAACAAAGAAAAACAGAAAGCAGCUUCAGGAGCAGGUUUUUCACCUUGUGCUUCCAUGUUUAGAGCAUGGCUGUCUUUGAAAAAAAACCCAGCUGUACUUUAUAUACAGUGAAAUUUGUGUUGUUUGAAGUUGUUGAGUUAUUUAAAACUGUUGAUUGUAUUUUGGUUUUGAAGAGAUUCUGCCUGAACCAUGCUUUUUGUCUUCUUAUUGCAGAUGCGAUGGAAAAAUGGUGUGUGAACUGAGCCCUACUGACCUCAGUGAACCUGAUUCAUGCAGUGGCACCUACAAAUACCUUAAGACAGGGUAUAUCUGUCUUCCAGCAAGUAAGUCAUAUGUCUGAAAUUCAUUCUUUCAUCUUCGAGAUCACAGAUGAUGUUCAAAUUCUUGUUUGACAUAAGGGAAAUACUGUAUGUGCAUGUGUACUGCAUUACCUACUGGGGGAACAUCCUGUACAAAAAGAAGUUCUAAUCAAUUUUCACCUUACUAAGCUUGACUCCAGAUGUGUAUGGCUUUGGCUUUGUGCUUGGAUCAUCUGUAAUGAUCCUAGCAGAGGUGUUGUCACAAUGUACCACAGAAUCCCUCUCCACUUUCAAAGGACAGCUGAAGACCCGGCUCUUUGAAGAACUGAGCUAGACAAGUCUCCACUGUUGACCCCCAUGGUAGAAUGAUUCUUUCAGCUACAGUUGGCUCACAGUGUCCUGUUCUACUCCUGGGAUUUUUGUGCCCAGCUCUUUCUGAGUAACCCUGCACUUGGUCCUUUGGUCAUGAUCAUUGUGAAGACAAUUUAACUGACGGUGAUGAUGACAGAUCUUAAAUAAUUAAAUAUUUAAAUAUAUAAUUCAUUCAUUCAUUUACUGCUGUGCAUUACCUUCAGUGCUGCUUGGCAGUACCUGUUGCUCUUACUGAUCUUGUUUCCUUUUGCAUAGAUCUUUGCUUUGCUUGUGUUGUUCUUGUUCUCGUACGUACAUCGCUUUGAAUAAAGUGUCUGCCAAAUGACAUUGUAACAUUGUAACAAUGUGUUAUGGGCAGCUGUGGCUCAGUCAUGGAGUUGGUUGACUUCUAAUAUGAAGGUUGGUGGUUCAAUCCCAGCUCUGCAAGCCAUAUGUAAAAAUGUCCCUAGGCAAGACACUAAACCCCAAAUUUCUCCUGGUGACAUAGUUGAUGGUGUGAAAAUGUGUAUGAAUGGAGAUUAGUCAAUACUGAUGGUUCCCUACUAUGUUUGCCAUGAGUCUAUCAUAUGAUGUGGAGUGGUAAAUGUGACAAGUAGUGUAAUAACCAUACACUGUAUAUAGAAUUGACGUCAUCUGCCUUCUCGUGAAGCCUCCAGGAGAACAGCAUUCUCCAUUUUUAAAACUUAUUAGGGGGUUCAUGUUUUCUAUGAUUGACACUUGAUACAGCCUAUGGGUGCACAAAGAUUGCGUAGCUCACCAGGGGGAUAUGCUGUUUGAGUAGAGUGUCAUCACAGUGACUUUCCCGCUACUACUUAAAUGCCAGUUUCAGGAAAUGGAGAAGAUCCCAGAAAUCCCGAGAGCCUUUUGGCUUCAACUCAUACAAUGAUGGGAGGGGGAGUCAAGUUGCCCAUACUAUUUAGAGGUUAUGGUCUUAACCCCUUUAGGGUCUGGGAAGACUGGAUAAACCCUUUUAAGCCCAUUUACUCAAUCCCAUAUUGAGCUAUAAUGUAUUAUUUCUAUGAUCUGCUGAAUACCAUAAAAAGGCAAUGUAUUAUUUGAACAGAAAUGCAGAAUGCAAUAUGUAAGGGACAAAAGGUUAAUUUAUGGUAAAUCUUAUUUCACAGCUCACCUUGUAACAUGCGAGCACUCCUCAGCAAAUAUGCAAUGUGGUAAGACCUCAUAUUUUCUUCUUUGUGUGUUUAAUGCGUUCACUAGAGAAACAGGCAUAACUGUAUUUAAUGGCUCCUGAGCAUCAGCACUGCUUAACAACCUUUUCUCCUCCCAGGGGGAGGACAGGUCAUAUUUGUUUACGGUGCUCAUUAUGGACGUGUUGACCAUAGCACCUGCUCCUACAGACGACCUGCUACUCAAAUUGAAAAUGUCUACUGCUCAGUGCCAGCUACCAAAGUUUCUGAAAGGUAAAAGAAACACCUCACACCAGUGUUUCCGCUGAAAUUGAAUUCAUGGUGUAUUUCACUUUAUUACUCCACUACAUUUUGUAAUUACUACACAAUUUACUUUCAUCUGCUCUCACAGCCACCCAGAUUGCAAGUGAUUAAGCACACAUUAAAAGUGGUAUUCACUCUGUUUUCCUUACCUCCUCAGCUGCAAUGGAAAGAACAGCUGUGUGAUUAAAGCCAGCAACUCAGAAUUUGGAGACCCCUGUGUGGGAACCCACAAGUACCUGGAAGUGGCGUAUGUAUGUGAAUGUAAGUGACUUGAGAUACGGAGAUACAGGGAAUCUUUGUAGCUGCUUGGGGUGAUCUUUGCGGCAUUGAUUAAAAUAAGCUUAUUGUCUUAUCUCAAGUUUUUAAAGUGAACCUGAACUGUUUUUUUUACUUGGAAAAAAGGUUGUUUCUGUGCUAUAAUGAUAUAAGUGGUACUGUUGUUGUCACCCUUCAGCCACUUAUGCAUGUACAGAAUCUCUGAGUUGUGUCUUUUUCUUGUUUUGCAGUUCUUGGGGGCCCUCUUACUGCAUCUUUUAAAACAGAAGAAACACAGGAUAUGCAAUAA